AUGUCCCCGCCUAGGGAUCGACAGUCCCGGGACCCAUCUGCAGUGAAGCUGAGUAGUCGGACAUCGAAGAGUGAUAGGGAUGAAAGCUCCACUACUACUAUACGGAUAAGGGAAGAUAAUGAUGAUCAUAAUGGAUCUACACGACGUCAAGGUGGUGGCGAUAGUAGUAGAGUUGGAGUAACUCUCACCCCUGUUGGUACCUCAUCGGACAAUAUUAGUACACGAGAUAGGAAGAGGCGCUCAUCUGAGCCUGGUUCGGGGAGCUAUGAGAAAUACGAUGACAGUAACCGACGCCGUACCCGAUCAAGACGAGAUGCAGAUAGGGGGGAUGGGGAUGGGCAAUCUUGGUAUAAGAAGGAGGGUGAUGGGAGUGUGAAGCGUGAGCAGCAGCAGCAGAGUGAUGAUGAUGAUAAGAAGCCUAGUGGUGGUAUACGUGCUAGCUACGAAGCCCAUAUAGAUCAUCGUGGUAGCCAUAAUGACACUCAACGUGUUGAGGAUGGUAGUCGUAGAGGGCGGGGUCGGAGAGCAGAAGAUCGGUCUCGCCAUAGUAGUAGUAGAGAGGAUUCCCGAUGGUAUGAUGCUCCUGAUCAUCGUCAUGCUGCAGAGUCACCUAGGCGUGCUCGGAGCCGAGAUAACCGGCAAGAUGAGCAUAACAGUGCUCAUGCUCAUCGGUAUCAUCGUUCUCGGGGUCGUGAGGAUGUCAAUGACGAUGAGGGCGAGGAGUGGUAUUCUAGUAAUAACAGCCGAUGGGGAGAGAGUAAGGGCAGGUCCUCUUGGGAUACCAGAGGACGGGGUAAGGGGUCACGCAGGCCGCCUUCACAUCGUGGUGAUAGUAGAGACUUCGAACCUAGAGGGAAGAUAGAGGGUUCGUCUACAGUAUGGGUUGGAUCUCUACCUAAUUCCAUCACUGAUGAUGAGUUUUAUGACAUCAUGUCUAGAUAUGGUGUAGUUGAAGGCAUGAAGCUCGUAGCAUUAAAAGGCUUUGCAUACGUGAAGUACACCGAUGAAGAAUCAGCUGAUGCUGCAGUGAAGGCACUGAAUGGUGAGGUAUUGGUAGAUAUUGCUGGAGAUAAACCUAAGCAUGAGUUGAAGACCAAGGUGGAUUAUGUAGAGGAUAUGGGAUAUCUUCAUCACCCGUAUAAGCCUCCACUUGAUAAGAAGCCUGAUGUUGUGCAUACUCUAUUUGUGGGCAACCUACCUGUUGAGGUAACUGAACAGGAUAUACGUGAAUUCUUCGAGCGUGACUCCAGUAUUAGCAUAGAGCAGGUUGCCUUACGUAGAGGAUCAUAUAAGCAGAUGUGCUAUGCUCACGUUAGGUUUGGGGGAGAUGGUGAUGCUGAGAAGGCUGUAGCGGAGUUUGCUGGUGAUAAGAUAAUAGGUCGUAAUAGGGUCAGACUAGAUUGGGCUCAGGAUAAACACAUGCAGGUCCAGAACAAUGAGUAUCUACGUGGAGCAACUCCACGUAUAUAUAUUGGUAACCUACAUGAUGGUAUGUCUGAGAAUGCAAUCAGAGAUGCUUUACAGCAGGCAUUUGGUACAGUAGUAGCCAUUAAACUACAUAGAGACAGGAAUGGUGCCCUAGCAUACGGUUAUAUCACAUUCGAAGACAACCAAACAGCAGAGAGGGCUGUUGAGGAGAUUUCUAACAUACGGAUAGCUAACUCCUCCAUACGAGCUGAUUUCGCUAAACUACUGGAGCCUAGGAGGUCUUUGCCAGGAGGGACCCGGCCCAAUGCUAUAGGACACCAACCACAGCUGCUGGGAGGGGGAUAUGGACAACAACAAGGCGAUGGUGGUGGUGGUGGCGUAUUCGAUCCAUUAGUGACAAAUAUGUAUGCAGCAGCAGCAGGAGCAGCAGGAGCAGCAGGAGGAGGAGGCCAACCCCCUCCGCCACCACCAUCCGAGGGUGAUAAUGCAUAUGCCCCACUUUACAAAGAUGAUAAGCCCCAGAGGCAAGGACGACGAGGAGGAGGAGGGUCAACUGCUGUUGGCUCAGUGAGGAACCCCUCUAUUGAACGUGAUACGAAUGUAACAUGGACUGUCCCUGAGGAGUUUAUGGCAGAUGAUGAGCAGACCUAUUGCUCCGACUCAGACUACUACUAUGGUACUUCAUAUAUAGACCCAACACAUGGAGGCCAGAAGAGAAGGACUGAUGAUAGAUCACCUAAACGGCGACGGCAACGACACUAAGGAGGGAGUUCCCUAUUCACCGCUCUUGCGUUCCCACUGUUAUCCUCAUUUGCGGUAUUUCGUACGUUUCAUUUG